GAAGAAGAAUGCCAACGCGAAUAUGAAGUGAAACGACUCCUAUGCUGUGCCCCGGUGCCCGGAUGCUCCUGCCGGCGGGUUGGAGACGGGCACCCGCCUCGGGCCACACCGCUUCCCGGGACACCAUGAAGCCGAGGAGGAGCUUCCCAGCGCGCCGGAGCGGCGGGGAGGGCUGCCCCGUUUGAGAUCCAUGCCAGACGGCGCCCCGGCUGCCUGGCGAGAUGAAAGAGGUGGUGCUGUGGUCGCCCGAGGAGGUGACCAGCUGGCUGACGGAGAAUGCGGUGCCCGAGUACUGCGAGCCCCUGAGGAGCUUCACCGGGCGCGACCUCAUCAACCUGACGGAGGAGGACUUCAAGAGGACGCCUCUCUCCCGGGUGUCUUCCGACAGCGGCCAGCGGCUCUUGCACAUGAUUGAGACUCUGAAAAUGGCUCACCACAUGGAGGCUCACAAAAAUGGCCACGCCAACGGGCACGUCCGCGGCGGCGGCGGCGGCGAGAACGGCUUCGGCAGCAAGGCCAAGCUCAACGGGGUGCCAAACGGGUUCAAGAAGGAGAUGAUCAAGAUCCCCAUGCCAGAGCCGGAGCGCUCGCAGUACCCCAUGGAGUGGGGCAAGACUUUCCUGGCUUUUAUUUAUGCACUUUCUUGUUUUGUCUUCACCACAGUGACUAUCUCAGUCGUUCACGAACGAGUGCCUCCCAAGGAGGUGCAGCCUCCCCUCCCAGAUGCAUUUUUUGAUCGCUUUGAUCGGGUGCAAUGGGCUUUUUCUAUUUGUGAAAUCAACGGCAUGAUCCUUGUAGGACUGUGGUUUGUUCAGUGGCUGCUUCUAAAGUACAAGUCUAUAAUUAGCAGAAGAUUUUUCUGUAUAGUUGGCACACUGUACCUGUACCGGUGUAUUACAAUGUACGUGACCACGCUCCCAGUACCUGGAAUGCAUUUCAAGUGUUCUCCAAAGCUUUUUGGAGACUGGGAAUCUCACCUGCGAAGGAUAAUGAAAUUGAUCGCUGGUGGAGGAUUGUCCAUCACGGGAUCCCACAACAUGUGCGGCGACUACCUGUACAGCGGCCACACCGUCAUCCUCACCCUCACAUACCUGUUCAUCAAAGAGUAUUCCCCGCGGCGGCUCUGGUGGUAUCACUGGCUUUGCUGGGCGCUCAGCAUGGUUGGGAUGUUCUGCAUCCUCCUUGCUCAUGACCACUACACUGUGGACGUGGUGGUGGCUUACUACAUCACUACAAGACUCUUCUGGUGGUACCACACAAUGGCCAACCAGCAAGUGAGUUCCUUCCUCUCUUGGGAUCCCCGGGGCUCCGCUUUGCAGUUGGGUGGUGAUGGGGGAAACAUCCAGGAGGAGUGA